AUAAGUCGUGGCGGUCAUAGCCGGUGUCACUGUGCCACGCGUACGAGUUUUAAUUCUAACCUCGAAACGUCACCCCACAGCCGUGCUCAAUUAAUUGAUAAAAAAUGACCGCGUUGGCAGUAAUUGAAAAGUUCUGGCAAGUGUACACGAAAAGUACGCCGAAAAGGCUUAAAAUAAUCGACGUUUACCUGCUUUAUGUGUUUUUAACGGGCGUCAUUCAGUUCGUGUACUGUUGCCUCGUCGGCACGUUCCCGUUCAACAGUUUCCUAUCAGGAUUUAUUUCUACCGUUUCCUGCUUCGUCCUUGGAGUUUGUUUGCGGUUACAGGCAAACCCUCAAAACAAACACCACUUCUCUGGAAUAAGUCGGGCCACAGGAUUCGAGGACUUCAUUUUCGCUCAUGUUAUUCUUCAUAUUGUUGUUAUGAACUUCAUUGGCUAAGGGAUAAAACAUGCGCAAUAUUUUAACUGUAAUAUUUUCUAAUAAAACUUUUCAACGAUAACACCUCUCUAGUAAAA